ACCAAUGGAGAUGCUCCAACUUAUUCUCUCAUAAGUAUCUUCUUUCACAAUGAGGGAUUCCUCCAGAGUAAAUCAUCUCUCCUAGAAUCCUUUAUCAUCUUCUUCCGUUAAGGUUAGCGUUCAUGGAUCCAAAAGUGAAGUUGGGCUCAAUAGCAUUCCCGGUUGAUGUCGAUUCGAACAGAGGAGUGGCUAUGGAGAUCGGCAGUAGGUUCGCGAAGCCCUCGACCUUUCACACGGAUUCAUAUAAGCCGACUGGGGCGGGUUGCAGUGGGGUGUUUAUGAUGAGUAAAACAUGGAGAGAUGAGCAGAACCCAUCGUUUCUUAAUUUUGUUUCCAGCUUCUUACAGGAAAACUCUUUUCGUCUGAAUAUCGUCCCAAUAGCACCGGAUAUAAUCAUUAACUGUGGGGGUGUGUCUGUUGCAUUCAUUUUUGUGACUAAUUGGGACAGUGCGAAAACAGCAUCAUUAUUUUGCAGAGUCAAGAAGCUAAAGGGGCAAUUUGCAAACCUCUAUGUGGUUGUGACCCUUCCAACUAGAGAACAAAACGAUUCUUUCAACUGCUCUUACUUCAAGUACAAUAUGGAGCUUGGAAAGCCAACUUUUGUUCCAGUGAGUAAUUUAGAGACGGGGUUGGAAAAAAUUGUGAAGAUUGCACAUGCUCGUGGGGUGUGUAGAAAGCAGAAUGCUGUAGAAAAAAUGAAAGCUGAGAAGGAAAAGUCAGUUCAAGCAAUGGAUGCCUAUCUCAAAGUGGUCACAUCGAUUCCUGGCAUUGACAAGCAUGAUGCAAUUGCACUUUACCAAGCCAUCGGUUCCAUUGAAGCAAUAGCCAAAGCAUCAAAGCAAUGUAUUCUUGACAACACCGACCUUUCGGUUGAAAAGGCUGAAAGAAUAUCAAUGUUUUUCAGAGACCUCAAGUAUUCCCUUCGUCCCAAAAUCAAAUGAGUUCUAAUGCAAAAAGUGAUGUGAAUGAAUCCAGGAUUCGGGUGUAUAAGGUGAGAAGGUUCAUUUUUAGAGUUGGAUCAAACAUUUACACUAUGUUUGGUUCAAAGAUUUUGAAAGAAAAAAAAAAGAAAAUGAGAUGGAAAAGAAAUUUUCUUGUUUGGUUAGAGAGGAAAAGAAAAGAAAAAUGGAAGGAAAAGAAAAUGAGAAUGCAAUAUGUUCUAAGAGGAGGAUAAACAAAAUUCCCCCCAUUUUGGUGAAGAAAAUGAGAGAAAAUCAUUUUCUUUUCUUUUCCAUCCGAAUUCCUUGAACCAAACAUAGUGUUAAUAUUGUCCACAUUUGAAACAGAGUGAAUUGUAUGGAUUAGAAUAGAGAAGUAAUUAAACUGCUUUAUUAAAUGGUAUUCAAGGUU